AUGGCAGAUCCCAGCAAGUAUACCGUGGGCUGGAUCUGCGCCCUUCGGGUCGAAGCCGUCGCGGCGCAAGCACUCCUUGAAGAAAAGCACGGCCGUCCUGCGUUCGUGCAACCCCACGACUCGAAUUCUUACCUCCUCGGGUCGAUCGCUGGCCACAACGUCGUCAUUGCGACCCUCCCCGACGGCGAGUAUGGUACUGCCGCCGCGGCAUGGGCAGCUAGCCAGAUGCUCAACAGCUUCCCAAACAUCCGCAUGGGAUUCAUGAUCGGUGUUGGUGGUGGAGCGCCAAGUGCAAAGAAUGAUAUUCGGCUUGGGGAUAUUGUGGUCGGUGUCCCACGAGACGGGGAGAAUGGGGUAUUCGAGUAUGAUUUCGGAGCGAUGGUGCAGGGAGAGAGAUUCCAAGUGACGAGAUCGCUGAAUCAAGCGCCGACGAUUCUCCGAAGCGGAGUUGCUGCCCUUCGCAGGGAGUACACGGUGAAGCGUCAUCGCAUCCAAGACGAAGUGGAUGCUGCGCUUGAACGGUAUCCGGAUCUGAGGGAUGAGUUUCAGCGGCCUCCUCCAGGCACCGACCGACUCUUCAAAUCCACAAUCAUCUACGACGCAAACACUCAAUUUCAUGAAAGAUGCCUUGUGCAGCGAGAGGAGCGCCCGGCGCACACAGAAAGCCCGAGAAUCUGGUACGGAACCAUCGCAUCGGCCAACCAGGUCAUGAAUGAUGCCACUAUCCGGGAUGCACUCAGCGCGGAAAAAAAUGUCUUGUGCUUUGAGAUGUUGGCCGCUGGGGUGGUCAACCAUUUCCCAUGCCUCGUGAUUCGGGGGAUUUGUGACUAUUCUGAUUCGCAUGGCAAUGAGACGUGGCAGGGUUACGCGGCUCUGGUGGCAGCUGUGUACGCGAAGAGAAUGCUGGAGAUGAUUGCUCCAACAAUAGAUGAGGUUGUGCGAGCCAUUCAGGAAAAGGCAAAGGGGGAGCUCGGGAAAUUGAGUCAAGCGAGUAGCAGAGAAUAG